AUGGAAUUGCAAGAUUCAUCUGGAAAAAUAGGUGCCACAGCGUUUGACGAUCACUAUUUUGAUAUGCUCGAAGACGGUAAAGUCUUCCUGAUCCAAUAUUUCAGAGUAAACAAUGCCAAUAAACAGUAUAAUAAAUUAAAUCAUCAAUAUGAAAUUACAUUCACAUAUUCGACUCGAAUCUGUCCAUCGUCGGAUGAAGAUGUCCCCGAAAUAACUUACAAUUUUAAAGAAAUAUCGCAAUUGGCCAAUGUGGGAUUAAAUGAUUCAUUUGAUUUGAUUGGUGUAUGCCAAAGAGUUGGAGAAAUGCAAACGUGCGGCCAACACCAGAAACGUCUUUUGACUUUGGUGGAUAGAAGUAUGGCGGCGGUAGAUGUAGAAGUAUGGAAUGAUGAGGCGGCACUAUUCGAGAAUAGCCAGCAUCCAGUUGUUCUUGUAAAAACAGGCAGUAUUAAUGAAUAUCACGGAACGAAAAGUGUCAGCACUAAUAAUGCUCUAAUAAUCGAUCCUCACAUUAGGGAGACAGAUGUUUUAAGGGAUUGGUUUCUUAAAGGUGGUGCGGCAAAUAUUCACAGGAACAUAUUUGAUACAGCCCCGAGACGGCGCGGCAUAGGGUUGACAAGGCCGAUUGCCAGUCUUAGUCCGUAUCAGAAUAAAUGGGUUAUUAAGGUACGUGUUACCGCCAAAUCGCCCGUGCGUACUUGGAGCAAUGCCAAGGGUGAAGGAAAACUAUUCAGCAUCGAUUUAAUGGAUGAAUCUGGUGAGAUACGAGCCACCGCAUUUCGUGAGCAGUGUGAUAAAUAUUAUAUGAUUGAGGUCGACAAACUCUACUAUAUCUCUAAAUGCCAAUUGAAACCGGCCAACAAACAAUACAGUACACUGAAAAAUGAUUAUGAGAUGACCUUCACCAGUGAUACAGUUGUCCAACCCUGUGAGGAUGAUGAUGACGGUGGAGUACCGGUGAUCAAAUACGAUUUAGUUCCCAUUUCCCAGGUGGCUAAUAUGGAAACAAAAGCAUCCGUUGAUGUUGUUGGAAUUUGCAUGGAUGUCGGCGAAUUGCAGUCCUUUACGUCGCGUACUACAAAUAAGGAGUUUAAAAAGCGCGAUUUGACAUUGGUGGAUACCAGUGAAGCGGCUGUAACUGUCACCAUAUGGGGAGAUGAAGCCGUCAAUUUUGAUGGCCACGAACAACCAGUGGUUUUGGUAAAGGGUGGCCGUAUUAACGAGUUCAAUGGCGGGAAGUCUGUUAGCAUUGGUAAUGGUUCGACUUUGAAAAUAAAUCCAGACAUACCAGAGGGUCACAAGCUACGUGGUUGGUUUGAUAAUGGCGGUGGUGCCAACAUAACCAAUUCAGUCUCAGCAAGAACCGGAGCUGGUGGUGGUUUCAGUACAGAAUGGCGCACACUCCACGAAGCUCGAAACUUGGGUACUGGCGACAAACCGGACUAUUUCCAAACAAAGGCCGUUGUACAUUUGAUUAAGAGUAAUAAUGUCUACUACAAAGCUUGUCCCCAACCCGAUUGCAACAAGAAAGUUAUCGAUGAACAAAACGGCCACUAUCGUUGCGAGAGAUGUAAUGCCGAUUUUACCAAAUUCAAAUAUCGUCUUUUAUUCAAAAUGAGCAUUGGUGACUGGACUUCAAAUCGUUGGUUUAUAUGCUUUAGUGGUAUGGGCGAACAGCUAUUGGGGCGCAGUGCCCAAGAAAUUGGUGAAGCAUUGGAAAAUAAUCCCACAGAAGCUGAAGAAAUUUUCACAUCAAUAAAUUUCCAUUCAUAUGUUUUCAAAUUGCGUGCUAAAGUUGUAACCUAUGGGGAUAUGAGUCGCAACAAAUUAACCGUACAAUCGGCAUCUCCAAUCAACUAUAAAGAAUAUAGUAAAUAUUUGAUUGACAGUCUGAAAGAAAUGACUGGUAUUAAUAAGGCUUAG